AUGGCCGAGUCUACUGAUAGUAUUCUACAACAUCUGCUGAGCAAAAAUCGCAAGAAAAUGAACCUUGUACAUCAUCCCUUCAGAACGAGGUCAAAACCACGUGCUCUGGUCCCAUGGACGUCAGCGGAGAAGGCCGCAUUGAAGGUGAGGAUCCAUCAAAAGAAGGAAGCUUAUGCCGGUGCUCUCUCUAAAGCAAGAGACUCAGUAUGGGACCUUGCACAGUCCCUCAAUGAGCAGUUCAGCUCCCAUGAUACCAACUACUACUAUCGUCUUCCGGAGGGUGUGCCGAAGAAGAAAAGUGCAGAAGUAGUGGGGAACCUUGCAGUGAACUGGAACAUGAUGACAAAAGUGGAGAAGGAGGCAUAUGUCAUGGAGUCUGUGGAGGAAGUUCAGAAACAAUGUGAGAAUCAAGCGGUGGCACAACACAAUACCUUGGAGAGCAUAUCGCGUGAAUUUGAGAAGCUGAGUGAACACACUGGUACUGAAGUCAUGGUCUUCGCUGUCUGCUUUGAGCUUGAUCAAUACAAUAAACCAUACAUCUUCUUUACAACGCGACGGCUUCCUGACUACUUCGAGUUUGCAAUGAAGUCGACGAUUACAGACUUUGCUAUGCGUAUGGAAGCGUGGAUGCUCUCGGGUGCCCAUGGUGUCGUCAACAGCUAUGUGCAGGAAACAAUUGACUUGAAGAAGAAGACCACCAUGUUGAUUAUGCAGAAACUAAAUGAAGUUGCUAAGACGAAAAUUCCACGCAUGAUAUACCAGAACUUCGAUAAGCAGAUCACAGAGAAGCACGGCAUCGUCGCUAUCAACUGGCCGCUUGACAGGUUCUGUUCGCCCAGUGAUCUCAGCUCUCGCAAUGAGGUGGAGAUCUUGUAUCAAGCGUUUCUAUCAGGGACAACAUCUUUCUGCCUCAUGGACAAGGACGAAUACAAGCGAUGGAGUAACGCACGUUUUCAAGUUGCAUUGGGACAGACCGUUGCAGAGGAUGACACUGCGAUGAAUGAUGUGAGGGCUGGACAUGCUGUUCUGUCAAAUGAUAUAAUGGGUGUGAAUGUCAUGCUAGCUCCAGGUGCAUUCUCUGAAGUAUCUGUCCUCAUUACUCCUGAUGUCAUUGGCACUUCACUUCCUGCCCUCGUCGCUCCUCAUGCCACCGCCAUCACACAUGCUACCGCACAAGUUGCUGGGCCUUUCAUGGAUGCCAUCAACAUUGUUACCGCGAUUGAUGGAUUGGCCAUUACUGUGCAUACAAAGGAGAGGAAGCAACACUCUGACAAGGGAAAGAAGAGAGGCCCUAGAAAGCCUCGUGCUCAAGCCUUGGUGGCUUCAGACAAGAAUUUACUGGCUCAAGUAUCUUCUAGUACUAGUGAUGAUGCUGCAGCGAAUGUCUAA